GUGCAGUAACGUCGGUUUGUCUAGGGUUCAGAAUAGCUUUGACUAUGUUCUGUGUGCAGCUGUAGUUUGAGAAAGCAUACCUUAAAGAAAUGCAAUAUCACAUUAUUAUUGCAAUGACAAUUUGGUUCACAGCAUAUGUGGACUCAAGGAAAAUAAGAGGAAUUUCCCUGGCAUAUCGGAGGUUUUACAAAGAGAAAACAUCUUUUCUCUGCAUUGAUGGUUCAAAGCUCAUUCCCUUUGACCAAGUGAAUGAUGACUAUUGUGACUGCCCUGAUGGCUCAGAUGAACCAGGUACUGCGGCAUGUUCAAAUGGGCGGUUUUAUUGCACUAAUCUUGGUUUCCGUCCCCAUUACAUCCCUUCAUCAAGAGUUAAUGAUGGAAUCUGUGAUUGCUGUGAUGCCUCUGAUGAAUAUAACAGCCAAACACAUUGCCCCAGUACAUGCAGAAAACUGGGUCAGAGGCAAAGAGCUGAAGUAGAAAAUCAGAUAAGAAGUGUGAAUGAAGGACUACACUUGAAGCAACAGCUAAUCAAGGACGGAAUUAACAUGUGGCAUGAGAAACAGAACCAGCUCAACGAUUUAAGAAGGGUGUCUGAGAACCUUCACAGAAAGCUUGAGGAAGAAAAGAAGGCCAAACUGGAAGCAGAGGCACAUAAAGAUGAUGUGAUGGGAUACCAAAAACUAGAUGGCUAUGGUUCUAAGAGACAGAAAUUUGAAGAUGAUGCCCCACAGAACAUUUUUCAACAAUUAGACAGCAACAAGGAUGGAUGGGUAGCAGCUGUAGAAGUCCAGGCCCAAGUUGAAUUGUUUCAAGACGACAGACACCAGCUGACUGAAACUGAAGCAGUAGAUCUGCUGGGAGGCUCCAACCAGGUAGACUUUGCUAGCUUCCAGGAGACACUGUUCAGUAGAAUGAAGAGUAAUGAUAAAAUAAAGAUCAAAGACAGGCCUUCCAAACUGGAUAAUGACCCACUUGUCCAAGCUGCAAUACGUGUUUGCAGUCUUUCGACCAUCUUGAUCAAGAUCAACGGUUAUACAGUAUAUACCGUACAGUCCCUUCAUGAUUUGUGGCAAGCUGCAGAAAAGGCCAAUGCAGAUUUGAAGAAAGUGGAGGAUGCUUAUGAAACUGUGAAAAUGGAAAUUAGGGACCUUGAAGAGAUGCUAUCUACAGACUAUGGUUCCAAUAAAGAAUUUAUCUACUUGCAGAACCAGUGUUUCGAAAUGACAGUUUACGAAUACACUUAUAUGUUUUGUCCCUUCAAUCAAGUAACACAGAAGGGUUCCACAGGAACUGAGACGAUUGUUUUAGGCAAGUGGCAUUCUUGGGCUGGCUCCAUAGGGAACAAGUAUAGCAAAAUGAAGUUUGACAAAGGCCAGCCUUGUUGGCAAGGACCAGCCAGGUCAGCAACGGUCACGCUGAUGUGCGGCACAGAGACAGUUCUGAAAUCAGUUAAAGAGCCCAGUAAAUGCCAGUAUUUUAUGGAAUUUCAAACUCCUGCAGCUUGCCAGCCACUGCAGCCUAAAAGAAAUGUGCACAAUGAACUGUGACAAGAGGGGAGUUUCAUCCAGAGCAGUGGGUGACAGUCUUGACUUGGGCUACUUCAGUGAUAUUCAGCCAAGUCUUUCUGACGAUUUGAGCAAUAGUGUGUACGUUUUCUCACCCACAUUGGAUAGGUAAUUUAAUUAAAUUAGAAUGAUUUCUACAAGCACAGCGUUUACUUUUUGGAUCCAGCAUCCUGUGUAUUUUUCUUCUUGUUUGAAAGGAGGGGGAAAUGCAUUUGAGUGUGUUUUUCUUUUUUUCAGAAAAAAAUAAACUCAAGUGCCUUACUUACCUGACAAUAAUAAUGAAAGAAUCCUUUUUCCAUAAUGUUCAUGCUGUAUAAUUGUAAAGUUAUUCUUCUGCGGUAAUAGUAUUACAUCUGAAUAAAAUACAAUUUCUGACAAAGAGUUUACUAGAAAACACUCAGACGGUAUUAUUAUUAUUACGACUACUAUUAUUAUUAUUAUUAUUAUUAUUAUUAUUAUUAUUAUUGCCGUUGUUUUUGUUGGCGUUCAAGUUGCUUUACAAUCAUCCUCAAUAAUGGUAUAGAACUCAAAAUGUCACUUGUUUUAAAUGUCACAAAGUUCUAUGGGUUGGCUUUACCCCUAAUAAUAGUAUUUUACAGCUGCAUGGUGACUAGGGAAUUCAGCCCUCAGGCCCAAAGCAUUUCAUGGCAAUGUUAUAUCUUUUAGCACCAUACUUGAUUUUAUUUUCUGAGAUGAUAAGCACUGAUGGUGGUUUACUGUUAGACACCAAAGCGUUGAUUCUUUUGAUUCUUCUAAUGUGAACUGCUAACAGUAUUUUCCAGUGUUUAUUGUGAACAUGAACUGAAUUUAAAAUAAAAUAGAAGGAG